AUGAGCAGAGGCCCAGCAGCACUCAGCAGCACUAUCCUCAGGUUUGUUGGUGGCGAGCAGAGGUCCAGCACUACUGCCCUUGGGUUCAUUGGCAGCGAGCAGAGGCCUAGCAGUACUAUCCUCAGGUUUGUCGGUGACGAGCUGAGGCCCAGCGGUGGCGCCCUCAGGUUCAUUGGCAGCGAGCAGAGGCCCAGCAGUGCCACCCUCAGAUUCAUUGGCAGCAAGCAGAGGCCCAGUGGCGGCACCCUCAGGAAUGUUGACGGCCAGCAGAGGCCCAGUGGCAGUAUUCUCAGGUUUGUUGGUGGAGAGCAGAGACCCAGCAGCAGCACCCUCAGGUUCAAUGGCAGCAAGCAGAGGCCCAGCAGCACCACCCUCAGGUUCAUUGGCAGCAAGCAGAGGCCCAGUGGCAGCACCCUCAGGAAUGUUGGCGGCCAGCAGAGGCCCAGUGGCAGUAUCCUCAGGUUUGUUGGUGGCGAGCAGAGGUCCAGCACUACUGCCCUUGGGUUUAUUGGCAGCAAGCAGAGGCCCAGCGACGGCGCCCUCAGGAAUGUUGACGGCCAGCAGAGGCCCAGUGGCAGUAUCCUCAGGUUUGUUGGUGGCGAGCAGAGGUCCAGCACUAUUGCCCUUGGGAUCAUUGGCAGCGAGCUGAGGCCCAGCGGCGGCGCCCUCAGGAAUGUUGGCGGCCAGCAGAGGCUCAGUGGCAGUAUCCUCAGGUUUGUUGGUGGCGAGCAGAGGCCCAGCGGCAAUGCCCUCAGGUUCAAUGGCAGCGAGCAGAGGCCCAGCGGCGGCGCCCUCAGGUUCAUUGGCAGCGAGCAGAGGUCCAGCACUACUGCCCUUGGGUUCAUUGGCAGCAAGCAGAGGCCCAGUGGCGGCACCCUCAGGAAUGUUGGCGGCCAGCAGAGGGCCAGUGGCAGUAUCCUCAGGUUUGUUGGUGGCGAGCAGAGGUCCAGCACUAUUGCCCUUGGGAUCAUUGGCAGCGAGCUGAGGCCCAGCGGCGGCGCCCUCAGGAAUGUUGGCGGCCAGCAGAGGCUCAGUGGCAGUAUCCUCAGGUUUGUUGGUGGCGAGCAGAGGCCCAGCGGCAAUGCCCUCAGGUUCAAUGGCAGUGAGCAGAGGCCCAGCGGCGGCGCCCUCAGUAGUGUUGACGGCCAGCAGAGGCCCAGUGGCAGUAUCCUCAGGUUUGUUGGUGGCGAGCAGAGGUCCAGCACUACUGCCUUUGGGUUCAUUGGCAGUGAGCAGAGGCCCAGCGGCACUAUCCUAAGGUUUGUUGGUGGCGAGUAGAGGCCCAGCAGCGCCGCCCUCAGGUUCAUUGGCAGCAAGCAGAGGCCCAGUGGCAGUAUCCUCAGGUUUGUUGGUGGUGAUCAGAGGCCCAGCAGCGCCGCCCUCAGGUUCAUUGGCAGCGAGCAGAGACCCAGUGGCAGUAUCUUCAGGUUUGUUGGUGGUGAUCAGAGGCCCAGCAGCGCCGCCCUCAGGUUCAUUGGCAGCGAGCAGAGACCCAGUGGCAGUAUCUUCAGGUUUGUUGGUGGCGAGUCGAGGCCCAGCAGCGCUGCCCCUGGGAAUGUAGGCAGCCAGCAGAGGCCCAGUGACAGUAUCCUCAGGUUUGUUGGUGGCGAGUCGAGGCCCAGCAGCGCUGCCCCCAGGAAUGUUGACGGCCAGCAGAGGCCGAGCACUACUGCCCUUGGGUUCGUUGGUGGCGAGCAGAGGCUCAGUGGUGCCACCCUGAGAUUCACUGGCGGCAAGCAGAAGCCCAGUGGCGCUACCUUUUGGUUUGUUGUUGGUGAGCAGAAGCCCAGCGGAACCACCCUCAUGUUCGUUGGUGAUGAGCAGAGGCCAGCUGGCGCUACCCAUGGGUUUGCUGGUGGCGAGCAGAGGCCCAGCGGUACCCCCCUUGGGUUUGCUCAGGGUGAGCAGAAGUCUCACUAGGGAUCUCAUAAGCAUCCACACAGAAACAUGACUGAGAGCACCCUGCAGUGGAAGGGCAGCAGACUUAGUGACAGAGCCUCAUUCACUUCAGUUUAAUCGGCAGUGGCUGUAGUCACCUGCCUGGCCUUUGUGGUAGACUGUUAGUGUGGGGCUGGGGCACCUGUCUGAGCUGCUCCUGGUUCCCACCUACACAUUUCUCUUAGAGAGAUGGAGCAGAAGGCGCAUCUGUAAGAAAUGAGUGUGAGUUACACCCCAGGCUGGUUGCAGGGUAGGUCUGGCUCCCUAAAAAAAUCGAAGUCAUUCAUGUUUGGCUUCUCAUCUCACCAAAAGCGAGCUCCACUGCUGUUUCUUCUGUGAACAGGCAGAUCCCUUCAUUCAGAUGAAGGACUGUCAGAAGCUUUGUUCACCUUCGUUAUCUCCAACCUGAUUUUCAUAAAAGUUUCAUAAUAUUACUUAACUUUCAGUGUACUGACAUCAGGGGAUGUUAAGAGAAUCUGUCAGCAAAAACACAGGCAAUCCCCUGCAUAGCUUUACUUUACUUUGGAGGCUUAAGGUAACGGGAAGGGCAGGUCGGUCAUUGCUUGCAAUAUCUAGCUUUACUUAUUUUGUAACUGGAGACCCUUUUUUCGUAGAUCCGUGCUUUCGUAUGUGAAACUGAAGAAGAGAAUCAGCCAAACAGUCCUACGUAAAUAAUUAAUGCAGUUACUAAAUAAAUGUGCAGGCAUGCUGAUGCUGAUGCCCAGUAGAGGUCAGAGAGGCAAUGGGUGCCUUUUCAUAUUGGGGCUGAGUGUCUCCUCUUUAAUUAUUCAAGCUUAGGACGUCUGAGAGGUUCUCCUUUCAUUGGCGAUUCGCCCCGAGGGGUGGACGUCUGCAAGGUCCUCCUCCCGCUGGGGACUGGCCCCUAGGAGUGGAUGUUUGUGAGGUGGUCCUCCCACUGGAGAUUGGCCCCGAGGUGUGGAUCUGUGAGGUCCUCCUGCUGCCAAUUGCCCCUUUGGCAUGGACAUCUGCGAGGUCCUCCCAUUGGCGUUUGACCCCAAGGAUGUGAAAGUCUGAGAGGUCGUCCUCUUGCUGACGAUUGGCCCUGAGGCAUGGAUGUGUGUGAAGUUCUCCUCUGACACUUAACCCCUUGGUGUAGACGUCUGCGAGGCGCUCCUCUCACUUGUGAUUGGCCCUGAGGCAUGGAUGUCAUUGAGGUCCUCUUCCCACUGGCGAUUGGCCCCGAGGGGUGGACGUCUGCAAGAUCCUCCUCCCGCAGACGAUUGACCCUGAGCUGAGGCACACCGGCUGGACCUUCGCCAGCCCAGACUGUAUCCCUCACCUCCUCCCUACUUUGGAAAAUGCUGCAACAGAAGGUUGUUUUGCAUAAUCCAAAUUGACGCAGCUGAGACACACAUCAGCAGAGACGCGCCCCCCCACUCCUGUAUUCCCUCCGCUUUUGGUGCCGUGUCCCUCUCAGAGUUAGUGUUACCUUAUGCACAAUAAAAUCCUUCCACUUGACUGGCCCAGCUGAGACGCUGGACAUGCCAGCAGCUAUUUCUGGCCACCGCUUCCUUCUGGAACACAGUGGGCCACACGGGGCACCAGCGCUGCGAUAUAAAUACACGCCAACGUACACAUUGCUCUGGAGGUCCACAUGAGGCCAUCUGCGGCUCCUGAGCUUCUGUCGCUGUGCUCAUCAUAGCGACUCAUCAAGCGGGAUGUGGGCAGCACCGGACAGGGUGAGCCCUCAUGGUGAGGGCUAACAGGAAGAACCACACUGCGCAAGUGUAACCCAAGGCUAUGGGAGCCUCAGACUUAGUUAUCUGUGACCAAUGCAGGUGGCUUCCAUGCACACAUCACGCAAGCCCUGCAUCUGCUCCAGGGACCCAGCUGUAUCAGCCGAGGCAAAUUCCUACUUCUGGGGAGAAAGAACCAAUCAGUCAAAAGACAUGCUAGUAACAAAUUGCCACCAAAGUGUAAUUAACUGUAAGGAACAGAUGCAAAAUCGUGAAAUGAGGUAGUGAGCCCUUUUAUCUGAUACUCCCCAUGGUACAGGGUGCUUCUGGUGACAAUGUGACACACAGCCACACAAACCUCAUUGCCCAGACUAUUCGUUAUAUUAAUUUGGAAUUUAGUGAUCAGUGGUCAUUGUUCACACCACAGCACACAGUGCACAACAAUGAAAUGUGUCCCAUUUAACCCAUAUGUGACAUAGCAGGGGGCAGUUAAUUCAGCGCCCAGGGAGCAGUGCUUGGGAGCGGUACCUUGCUCAGGGUACCUCAGUGGUUCCUUGCUGGUCAGGGAUUCAAAUCUGCAAUCUUUCAAUUACAAGUGUAGGACUGUGGUAUUCCUCCCCCUGACGAUAACGUCGCUGUCUUGCAGGGCUGUGGUAUUCCUCCCUCUGAUGGUAACAUCACUAUUUUGCAGGGCUGUGGUAUUCCUCCCCUUGAUGGUAGCAUCGCUGUCUUGCAGGGCUGUGGUAUUCCUCCCCCAGAUGGUAGCAUCGCUGUCUUGCAGGGCUGUGGUAUUCCUCCCCCAGAUGGUAGCAUCGCUGUCUUGCAGGGCUGUGGUAUUCCUCCCCCAGAUGGUAGCAUCGCUGUCUUGCAGGGCUGUGGUAUUCCUCCCUCUGACGGUAACAUCCCUGUCUUGCAGGGCUGUGGUAUUCCUCCCUCUGACGGUAACAUCGCUGUCUUGCAGGGCUGUGGUAUUCCUCCCUCUGACGGUAGCAUCGCUGUCUUGCAGGGCUGUGGUAUUCCUCCCACUGAUGGUAACAUCACUGUCCUACAGGUGGUCAUUCCUCACACACACACACAACCCCACCUUCAUGACAUUUUCACUCUUAGUGAUGCUGUGAGCUGUCACAUUCAUUCUUCUGUGUUUCUAAACUCAUAACACACUUCCUGAUUAGAAAAAGAAGUACCAUCCAUAUUUCAUGGUAAAAUGAGAUUACAUUAAGAUGUCUUGUUUUUAGAGGAAUUCAAAGUCAUCUUUGUACUCUAAUGCAGGAUGUAAUGCCCUAUUUAACUAUUUAAAGGCACGGCACCGUACGGGACUUAGAGGCACCCUGCUGUGGUGCUCCCUUAAAAAGGGUCCCCAAAAAAGGGUCUGCUUAGCAUGAGCGACAAAGUGGGGCUUGUAAUCUAGAGACACUGAUACAUCUGCUUGCAGAAACAGUGGCUGGUGUUUCAGUGCCUGGUGUUUCACCGGAUGGUAUUUUAGUGUGUGUUUUUUCAGUGUGUGAUGUUUCAGUGCCUGGUGUUUUAAGUAAGUGUUCAGGGCCGGAUUAAUGCAUAGGCUACCUCAGCCCCCAGCAAACAUCAAGGCCCCACCCUACCCUGACCCAGAGGCAUUUAAGAGUGGCGUAAAUAUCAUAUGAAGUGUUACUGUUUUAGCUCAGAACAGAAUCUCAGAGCGAAUCGGCUUAAAAUGUUUAAAAUGCUGACGGAGCAGCCUUAUUUCUGUGUUACUGCUCUUACACGGUAUGAAUGAGGACAUGUGACUGUUAUUGAUUCAGACUAAAAUAAGUUAAUAGAACAAAAUUUGGCAGCUGAUGGCAGCCGUAUUGCAGGACAGGAACUCAGACUGCUGCAAACCCACUGCUAAAGCAAACAGCCAAUAAACACCUGGAAACUUUUAAGUGACUCUUAGAAGCUGGUUCACUACUUGCCAUAAAUCAGGUUGGGAUGGUGGCGUGCAGCUGUCUGGGAGUGCAGUGCAUUCUGGGUGGGGUCCCAAACCCCGAGGUGAUAUUACAGAGGGGUCUGUGGAGUGAGAACAGUCAAGACAGGCAAGUGGUUCUGCUUAGAUUGUGUAGCUGUUUGUGAGCAACAUUCACUCAUCUUUUUACCUAACAGGUGACUCUUUCCUGGUAUUCUUGCUUUGCAAAUUGGUCAGUGAAAAUUGUUACAAAAACAAUAAAUUAUGAUCAGAACAGUGUAAGAUGCUCCUAAGGUAACAGACUUGGAGAAGCACCUCCAUUAGAUAUUUUGAUUUAUAGACUGUGGCUCAAUGCAGACAUUUCAUCUUCUAACCACAGACCCUGCACUCCUAUAAUCUAAUUCCUCUCAUGUGACCAGUUCACUUCAGCAGGAGGUAAAGAUGAAUGUAUUCAUCAAAGGUCCAAUCUCCCAAAUCGUACUGUAAUGAGAUCCUGGAAGCUAUAACCAAAUUAUAGGAAAGUGUGAAACCCCAUUAGAUAAGUGCUGAUGUCAAAAGAUAGAUCUUUUAGCGAGAUCUUCAGGACCCCCUAGAGAUCUAGGAGCUGAGUCGCCAUUGUCCUCGUUACCUGACACUUCUGCCUGUACUGCGUAAGUUGACCUGGCCACUUGUAUAAUCAGUCUGCGAUUCUGUCCUCUGGAGCCUCGGCUGACAAGAUGACCAACAAACAGAAACAAUGAAACUCGAUCCGUCCAGAGCAGCUGCUGAUUCUCCAGCUUUUGGUGGCCUUAUGCUCGGGAGCAGGCCCGUUUGGAGGUCUCUGUCUGCACGUCCAUUGGUUUCCCCCUUUUUUGACGAUAUACAGCUGUAUCUGAGUGUCUGUGAAUAUAGACUUAGCAUUAGCCUAAGGUCCAUUAAAGGUGUCCUUCACUCAUCUUUAUACAUGGUGAUCUUUUCUAAUGAAAGGAUGAAGUGAGACAGAUGGAUACUCCCAGCGCCACAUGGACUCUCUGUAUGAUCAUUUUGUUCUACCAUAGACACAGAAUGACUUUAGGGGACAAACACCCCUGGGCAGGAGCUGCUAAAAAAGCAUUCAAGCAGUUAGACAGCAGCUGGGAUGUGAGCCUGGGAUGCGAGCCUGGGACAGAACCCUGGGAUGCGAGCCUGGGACAGAACCCUGGGAUGCGAGCCUGGGACAGAACCCUGGGAUGCGAGCCUGGGACAGAACCCUGGGAUGCGAGCCUGGGACAGAACCCUGGGAUGCGAGCCUGGGACAGAACCCUGGGAUGCGAGCCUGGGACAGAACCCUGGGAUGAGAGCCUGGGACAGAACCCUGGGAUGCGAGCCUGGGACAGAACCCUGGGAUGCGAGCCUGGGACAGAACCCUGGGAUGCGAGCCUGGGACAGAACCCUGGGAUGCGAGCCUGGGACAGAACCCUGGGAUGCGAGCCUGGGACAGAACCCUGGGAUGCGAGCCUGGGACGAGAGCCUGGGAUGCGAGCCUGGGACGAGAGCCUGGGAUGCGAGCCUGAGACAGAACCCUGGGAUGCGAGCCUGGGACAGAACCCUGGGAUGCGAGCCUGGGACAGAACCCUGGGAUGCGAGCCUGGGACAGAACCCUGGGAUGCGAGCCUGGGACAGAACCCUGGGAUGCGAGCCUGGGAGGAGACUCUGGGACAGGAGCCUGGGAGGAGACUCUGGGACAGGAGCCUGGGACGAGAGCCUGGGAGAGGAGCCUGGGACGAGAGCCUGGGACGAGAGCCUGGGAGAGGAGCCUGGGAGGAGACUCUGGGACAGGAGCCUGGGACGAGAGCCUGGGAGAGGAGCCUGGGACAAGAGCUCCAGACUAUUAAGGUUGUUAUGCAGGCUGCAUAAAAAACUACCCAUUCAGUGGGUAUGUACCUCUGUCAACAUGGGGGGGUGCGGCUGAGUGUAAAUGCACCUCAACCUAUUUAUAUUUAAGGCAUUUUCUGUUGUCUGUGGAUAACAUUAUAUAAAAUCGCUGCCCUCCUACAUCCUAGAGCUGACGUAGGGCCUGUGCUGCAUUAUCAGGAGAGCUGAUGAGUGUAACGAUCUCAGCACAGGUCAGACAAAGCUCAUGUGGGACGCGGCACAGUGCUUAUCACCCUGUCCAGGGCACUCCACACAAAGGCACCACGUUAGCAUGGGUGAACCCCAAGAGGGCAGGGCCACACUGAAUACAGACAGGAUUCCCUGCUUCUUUCCCAUCAUGCUUUUCUAUUUUUCUUGAAUAACUGUCAUAUGAUUAGAAUUUUUAAAUUACAGAUUUACUUAGCUGUAUUCAGUUCCUCCUUUUGUUAGAUUCUUUUUCAGUUUAAAUUUGUUAUAUUGCAUGGAAACAACAUGCCUCACUAGAGCAGGCAGUGAUCUGUGCUUCUGUCUUGCGAUGUCACACGGCAUUCAUCCUGCAUGCAUCGCUGCUGUCAUUAGAACAGUCUGGGUCACCGAAAAUCACCGAUUAACCUUUCAGUGACUCUCAUCCAAACUCUCCUGGCUUAUCAAAGCCCUGCAAUGUCUUUGUCACCCACAGGCUGAAGGCGAAGCCACAAUCCAUCCUGUAGCAGCCUUAAGGUUCAUCUAUCCUUCUUCAGUGCACAAAAAAAUAUAUAUCCCAUUAGACAUAUUUGUAUGCACAAAAAUAUAUAUCCCAUUAGAAACCAGUUUUACGUAAAACAUGAAUUUCAAGUAGUAAUACAUUGAAACUUUACAGUGCCUCCUUUACAAGAGGUUACAACAGUGCAUUAAGCAGGCAUUCUGCUUUGAUUUGGGACAAGCCCACCCCAUCCAUACUCCUCUUACAGCCCGAUUGACCUUUUGUAUCUGAAAUUAUCAUAAAGGGCUCUAUAUUCUUUCUUGCCAAUAUCAUAAAUAGACAUUUGAAAAACGCAACAAGUGUUUGGGAUACUCAGUAAUGGCAAAGGAUGUCUGUGACAAAAGUCUUCAGCAUUUAUGGUCUUCUAACCCUAAACCAGUUUGACAAUUAAUGUGUAUGUGAGUGUCUGAGGCAGCAUAGUGAAUUCCUGAUGACAAGAUGGCAACCCACUAUACACAAGCCGGUUCAGUCCCAUGGAGGGGUGACAUCGCGAAUGGGACCUACAAACUGUAUCAUCGUGGGUGCGGCUUUCAGUGCCACCCUACACAGGUCAGCAUGGAGAACAGACUUAUUGAUGGACGUUGGCCACCCUACACAGGCCGGCGUGGAGAACAGACUUAUUGAUGGACGUUGGCCACCCUACACAGGCCGGCGUGGAGAACAGACUUAUUGAUGGACGUUGGCCACCCUAAACGGGCCGGCGUGGAGAACAGGCUUAUUGAUGGACAUUGGUGGAGACUCGCAGGGACUCCGCAAGAUGGAGGCCCACAUCACACAAGCAGAGGUGGAGAGAGACUCGCGGGAACUCUGCAAGAUGGAGGCCCACAUCACACAAGCAGAGGUGGAGAGAGACUCGCGGGCACUUACGGGUGAAAUUGACCAUGGUGAACUGCAGGUAACAAAGAAUGACAUCUUCCGGAAGCUUUCAUCUCUGUCUGCCACAUGUUUCAGAUGCUUCAGUGGAGAUUAAGCACAACUGUUCAGGACCAUCACAUCUUAAGGCUUUACUUGAUGAAGAGCUUUUACAACUGAAUGAAUACUGUAAAAACAAUGACCCGAGACUCUUUUUCACUUAAAUUUUAUACAAUGCAGACCACUAGGGAGGGGACCUGUGAUGUUUUGAGUGUAUAUUUGUCUCAAGCCAGAUAAACUGAUGCCUUUAGGUUUCUGUAAUGAGACUUACGUACGGUAUAUACUCGACUAGUUUAUAUAGCUGCUGUUAAACUCAGAUUACAGCUGCUCUUUGUACAUGUUUCCAAAGAUAGUCUUGGUCCAGUUACACUGAUAAAGAGGAUUAAACUCCACUAAUGACAACAAAACAAACAAAAAAAGUUUAUCACAAGCUAAAACUGCUAACGGCACAUUACUGCCGUCUCUUCUCUGUCUGCAGUAUAUAAGAAGAAUGUUUCACUAGCCAAACACUUUCAUGCACUUUGCUCUGGAGAACAAGAUGAAAAUAAAUGUUCUCUGUGAAAA